AUGUCUACCCUCCUGGGAAUUGGUUCAGAAACUACGGCCAAUACUAGGGAAAUGGAACAUUCGUACAAUCCUGAAGUAAAGGACAACUCUGAACACCAGCUACCCAAGCAACCUAAAGAAGUUAACGAAAUGGAGUGCCCCGGAGUUUACAGGAUAAACUGUAAGGACUGUGAACAAAAAUACAUCGGAAAGACGGGAAGAACAAUUAACACAAGGAUCAAAGAAAACCAACGGCUAUGUAUAAAAAUGGAUACGGAAAAAUCGGAAAUAGCUGAACACACCGCCCUGACCGGCCACACAAUUGGGUGGAGUGCUACGGAAAGACUGUCCUCAUAUGGAAGGAAACACCGGAAAACUGAAGAUCAUGGAGUCCGUGGAUAUCCUCUUUCAAGGAGACCUGAUGAACAGAAGAUUGAAAAAAAGACGAGUCAGCAAAAAUUUUGUGUACUGCCUGAGCAGACUUGGAGAUUCAGAGAAGAAUACUAG